AUGGCUACUCGUUGUGCAUGCUAUGUGACAUCUAAACUUAGAGUCUCCAACAACAUCUUAUUUACCUUUGCAAAAGACUACGAAAAUGGUGUGAUCAGCAUCGAUAGAUCUUCCGGCAAAGAACUGUGGAAAGCUAACAUUAAUGAAUCUGCUCGUUACAUUCAGUGUGGUAAAUUGGAUACGCCUCAACAAGAAACUUGUAUCGUCAUGGACGGAGAAGGACGUUUAAAACUCAUAAAUCCUUUAGAUGGCAGUGUAUUGUGGAGUCGAGACAUUCAGGAAGAGGAGAAGCCAUCUCUUCCCCUCAUUCUUCCCGACUGUAACAACGAUAAUCUCGAGGAAGUUGCUGUGGCUGUCUCAAAAUCGAAGAUCAAGAUUGUUUUUGGUGGUGGAAGUGUUGUUUCAUUCGUGACUGUUUCUGGGUGCGAUGCAAUUCCAGUGAAACUCACAGCUUGGAACACUACAGAAAACACAACGGAUCUGCUUUUUGUCUGUCAAAGAAAAGAAAAUGAAGUAUUGGUGAGAGUACCUGAGAGCAAAUGGUGCUUGUACAGCACUACACCAAAAUUAGACACAUCGAUAUUAACAUCCAGAAACUCUGGAGUUCUGUCUUCUUCGCUACUUCUACCAACGGAGGAAAGUUUAGUUCUGUGGACUGAGAGUGAAGUUACACUUCUGGAAACAAAUGGAACACAGCGCUGGCAGGUAUCAAGUGGACCGCACUCAUCGCAAAACCGUUUUGCAUUGUUUGGAAAAUUUGAUGGCAAAGAAAAACAAGUUGCACUUUUUAGCAGUGACUUCUUGACCGGCUUUCAGGUAAGCACAUUCUUUGUCUUAGAA